CCCCUCAACAACAGGUCACGUGGCUGGGGAUCUCCUGGGUGACGUCACCGUGACGCGUCCUCCCAUGCUGCACAGGUGACGGCGGCCGCCAUCUUGGCGGAGCCUGUGGCUGCGGGGACAGGAGACAAGCACCGGCGGCUGCUGCGGGGGGGCCCGAUCCUCCGCCCACACCUCCCCCUCCCCCCCGCGGGCGCCCCGAUCACCGCGUGAGGAGGACCUGGCGGGGGAUGCCUGGAGCGAGCCGCCCGUGAGGGGGAUGCCGCAGCGGCUCAGUCAUCCUGAGGAUCCGGGGCUGACAAUGGAGGUGAAUGGUCUGACGAUGGUGGAUGAGCCUAUGGAUGAAGGGGACUCCUUAUUGCCUUUUGAUGAAGGAAACGUGAAAGAGAUUCCGAUCACCCACCACGUGAAAGAGGGGUGUGAGAAGGCCGACCCCGCGCAGUUUGAGCUCCUGAAAGUUCUCGGCCAGGGAUCGUUUGGAAAAGUUUUUCUCGUGCGGAAAACCAUCGGACCAGAUGCUGGACAACUUUAUGCAAUGAAAGUAUUAAAAAAGGCUUCUCUGAAAGUAAGAGACCGAGUCCGUACGAAGAUGGAGCGCGAUAUCCUGGUGGAAGUAAACCAUCCAUUUAUUGUAAAGUUGCACUAUGCCUUUCAGACAGAAGGGAAAUUAUACCUGAUUCUGGACUUUCUCAGGGGAGGAGAUGUCUUCACGCGGCUAUCCAAAGAGGUUAUGUUUACAGAGGAAGAUGUGAAGUUCUACCUGGCAGAACUGGCGCUCGCAUUGGAUCACCUCCAUAGCCUGGGAAUCGUAUACCGGGACCUGAAGCCAGAAAACAUUUUGCUUGAUGAAGCUGGACAUAUCAAACUAACAGACUUUGGUCUCAGUAAGGAGUCCGUAGACCAUGAGAAGAAGGCUUAUUCAUUCUGCGGUACUGUGGAGUACAUGGCGCCGGAAGUGGUGAACAGACGGGGUCACACGCAAAGCGCAGACUGGUGGUCAUUUGGUGUCCUUAUGUUUGAGAUGCUGACGGGUACGUUACCCUUCCAGGGUAAAGACCGGAACGAAACGAUGAACAUGAUACUGAAAUCAAAGCUGGGAAUGCCGCAGUUCCUAAGCCCUGAAGCACAGAGUCUCCUGCGGAUGUUGUUCAAGCGAAACCCUCUAAACAGAUUAGGUGCUGGCCUGGACCGGGUGGAAGAAAUUAAGAGGCAUCCCUUUUUUGCUACAAUUGACUGGAAUAAGCUGUACAGGCGGGAAAUUCAGCCUCCAUUUAAACCGGCAUCCGGAAAACCUGAGGACACCUUCUGUUUUGAUCCAGAGUUCACAGCGAAAACACCGAAAGAUUCUCCGGGAGUUCCGCCCAGCGCCAACGCCCACCAGCUCUUCAAAGGCUUUAGCUUUGUAGCACCCUCCUCUAUCGAAGAACAUAAGAUCUCUUCCAUAACAAAUGUGUUACCUAUAGUACAGCAAUUUCGUGGAAGUCGAGCGCAGUUCACAGAUAUCUACGACCUUAAGGAAGAUAUAGGUGUUGGAUCGUAUUCCAUUUGCAAACGAUGUAUUCAUAGGGCGACAAACAUGGAGUAUGCGGUCAAGAUCAUCGACAAGAGUAAAAGGGAUCCCUCGGAAGAGAUCGAGAUCUUAAUGCGUUACGGGCAGCAUCCAAAUAUUAUUACUCUGAAAGAUGUGUACGACGACGAGGGCAGGUACGUCUACCUUGUGACGGAGCUGAUGAAAGGCGGGGAGCUGCUCGACCGGAUACUCCGACAGAAAUUCUUCUCUGAGCGGGAGGCCAGUGCCGUUCUCUACACAAUCACCAAAACUGUAGACUACUUGCACUGCCAAGGGGUGGUUCACCGAGACCUUAAACCCAGUAACAUCCUGUACAUGGACGAUUCCAGCAACGCAGAUUCCAUAAGAAUAUGUGACUUCGGGUUCGCCAAGCAGCUGAGAGGCGAGAACGGACUGCUCCUCACGCCGUGUUACACCGCCAACUUCGUGGCACCAGAGGUACUAAUGAGACAAGGCUACGACGCUGCGUGUGACAUUUGGAGCCUCGGCGUUCUCCUGUAUACAAUGUUGGCAGGGUACACUCCUUUUGCGAACGGCCCCAACGACACCCCAGAGGAAAUCUUGCUGCGAAUGGGAAGUGGAAAUUUCUCUCUGAGUGGAGGCAAUUGGGACACUGUAUCUGAUGCUGCAAAGGAUCUGCUAUCGCACAUGCUUCACGUGGAUCCCCAUCAGCGCUACACAGCGGAGAAGGUUCUGAAGCAUUCGUGGAUCGCGUGUAGAGAGCAGCUGCCGCAUUAUCAGCUCACCAGGCAGGACGCACCGCACCUCGUCAAGGGAGCAAUGGCCGCAACAUAUUCAGCACUGAAUCACAAGACAUUUCAGCCGGUCUUGGAGCCCGUCGCAGCCUCCAAUCUAGCUCAGCGGCGUAGUAUGAAAAAACGAACGUCGACGGACUUAUAGACCAAUGUGUCGCUACAGAGUGGAACCUGGAGGAUCUGUAUUACUUGAAUAUCCUGUACAUGUCUCUUAGGGGAAGUUUCAUACUGUGCUUUUUAUUAUCAUUAUUUUGUCUGUGUUCCUUUUAAAUAUCAGGGUACGUCACCGGGUGUGUCAGAUCGCUCUGCCUGGAAUAUGUCACAGUUGCUGACGCAAAACGUCUCUGGUUAUUUCUGCACCGAGGCUCAAACAACACGCUGUAAAUUCCAGCUGCAUUUCCAUUGCAAUCGUUCUGCUUCUGGGACCAGGUGUAUAGCACGCAGCAAGGAGAACAAACCUUCCACCCAUAUUCCUAUUUAUUCAACAGUGUUUGGGCUGGAUUCAGCGCUUGGUUUCACCCAGGAAAGAAUUGCCGCGGAUGAGAUAGAGACUUCAAGCAUUCACACAGCAUGAUGUCCGCGGUUUUCCUGAAUCUCCCAAUCCAUCGGCUGUAAAUUGUUUGGUCACUGUGUAGCUCAUGUCGUUGGUGCUGUAGCCAUUAGGAACAUGAUGACGUGCAACGCUUCAUAAGACACAUGGAAAUUGCUGGCCACGCUACGUAGGCCUGCGCUGUGAAGAAGUCACAUCCUCGCUUAGCUGUCUGUGCCUGCCGCCAUCCGCACAGCGUUUCCUGCCAUAUGUCAGAGUAAUUUAUCUCGGGUUGGGCUGUUUAUAAGUGUGCUGUAUGAUGUUUGUACCUAUUGUACAAAUUUAUUCAAUAUUUUUGGUUCUAUGGUUUUGUUUUUAUUUUAUUUCCGAGGUACCAUGAAAUUAUUUUUACCAAGUAGGUAAAAUUUAUAUUUUUGUAGAACUACUUAUUAUCUGAAAACCAAAAUAAAAAAAUGAAGAACGUGGCUUGUGGGGAGGGUGGUUCCACGACCAAAUUGUGGAUAUUGGGGGAAGAAAUUCUAACAACAAAAAAAAGUGCAGACUUUUCACUGCAUUUGGAGGUCCCACCCAACUACCCGCCCUAAGUUGAAGAAUAUUGUUUGGGGGGUAUACUCUGGUGUAUUGUGGUGAGGCGAGCAUUAGUGUGCUGCCAAUCAGAUUCCAACUUGUAGCAGCCUCCUGCAGUCUAAUGAGGGCUAGCUCCUGAUUGGUAAGCCUGUUUGUGUUAUUCUUAUAUGUUCAUGCGAGUUAAUUCAAUCAUGCUAUGAGAUUAGUUUGCGACUUCCUCGCCAGCAGAUGGUUUAGGCUCUAAUAUCUAGAGCUAAAAGCAUGCUGGGUAAUUUUGCCUUCAUCUUUUUAAUGCUGUUGGUCGCACAGAAGUGAUGCUGUUCUUGUUUCCUUUCCCCUUCCAUCUGGAUAGUUUGUCGCUUGCAGGCACGGUAAAUCUAUUUAUGGGCUCCUCAGCUCUACGUACCCCCUCUCGCUCCUCAGCUCUGCUCCAUUGGUGGAUAAUGACUUGGAAUAAUUGAUGUGUAAUGAAGUCUGGCGCCAUUUGUAGCAAAGGAACGCAUUUGCAGGUGAUACAAGCUUUGCGAGCAGUUGCUAAUUGCUGGUCCCGUAGACUUCACCACUUCGAGACUCGGCAACUGUUGUCGGAUUUCAGGGCCCAAAAGCUGUUAGGUCAUUUUGGGACAUGUAGUUCUUGCUUUCCUAUGAAUUUAGUCCCCGGUUUGUUUAGGAGAUUCCAAAAUUAUGUCCUGGCCAGACCUUUGCGUGUGAGCUUAGCGCACUUCCUCCUGCACGGUACAUUUACUCUCCUCCUAUAACACGUAGGAUGCUGUAUAGAGAGCCCCGGGCCUAAGGUUACUGUGACCCAGCAGGUACGCUGAGUUCACUGUCUAUACAUAGAUGGCGCCAGGUACUAGCUGUUCUGUUGUGUAGGCUGCGCCAUAGCAGCAGCCAAAUCGUGUAAUGUUAACUAGUCUUUACCAGUCCCGAAAUCCAUGUUCCCUGCUACGUGUAUGUCAAUGUGUAGGGGCCAAAUCUAUGUUAAGAUGUUAUUUAAAAUACUUGAAAGAUAUAUCAAGGGCUGUUUUGUAUGUAAAUGCUUGGUAUGGUCUUUGUAGGAAGUGUCUGUGUGGAAUACAAGAGGAAUAGAGGAACCUCAAUAGGAAUACAACUAGUGUAUAUACCAGAAUACUGUGCUUUACCCGCUGUUACCUGGAGCGGUUUAGGCAUCGCCUCCUGUCUUUCUCGCUUGGGUUCUGAGCCUGCAGGGUUCCGAUUUUCUAGUCCAAUUUGUUCCAUUUUACAACCAAGCCCUCUUUUUUUUCUAGGCCUUUUCUGUACACAGAAAGCGAAACGCGUGAGUUGACCUGCUUUUCCCGUGUUGUGGCGAGCUCUCUUCCAUUGUGUUUGCUGCCGAUCGCUUUGUUACAUGGCUUAUUGCUUGAGAGGAGAGCGGAACAAAAUGCCCGUAUUUACGGAGAGAGCCAGAUUAGCGCAGCGCCACCCAAGUCUGUGCCAUGUGUUGUCUGUUUUAGAGAAGAGUACUUAGAACAUGAAAUCGCGAGUAGAACGUAGUGUCGUUAGGUUUUUCUGUACGGUUUUGCUCUUUAUUUUGCCAUGAAGGCCUUCUCCAUGCGUGAGCCAGGACUGCGCAACAGCGUUCUCUUUGCAUAAACAAAUUAUUCGUGCAACUUGUUUGUUACUUUAAACCCUUCAGUUGUAUCUUCUGAGGCGUAUAAAUCCCACAUACUCCAAACCGUGUUUGCAGCCAUUGUCUUGGUCUUCGUGGUCAUUGAAUGUUGGUAUAGUAGCGGUAAAAGCCGUCGUUACGCUAUCUGCGCUCCUGAAGGUGCACAUUGCUUAACUCAGUAUGUUGUGUAUAUGCUUUUCCUGUUUUAAGGAUCGCUAAUGCAAGAGCAGCCCCUAAAGGAAGCAAGAGAUGUAGGAUAAAUGUUUAUUACACCAAUAACUGAGAUCUGCAUGAUCCGCGGCUGUCUUGUGGAAAGGUGCACCUAGGGAUUCAAGGAGAGCCCCAGGGUCCCAAAUACUCAGUCUUACUAUGUGGUAGUUGUGGACAAUCCCUUCCAAAUAAAGCCUUUUCCAUUAGCCCCCCCUCCUCCCCUGCAUGGACACAAGUAGCACUUGCUUGCAGGAAACCUGAGUGCUGUAGGCCAUAUGUAACGCUACAAUAGGGCAAUGGGUGCGACCGUUCAGCCACCGCCAGUAGUCCCGGCACAACCUGUUCUGGGGGUUGGCAACUCACUUUUUGCUGUAAGUAGGGAAUAGUAUUUAUUAUGAAAGUGGCUGUCAAAAAAUGUGUAACCCCUUUGAGGAAACGGGGGUGUUUCUGGGGAGAAUCCCAAAUAUCUGCAAUAUACGGUACAUCCACAGUAAUUCCUAGAGCACCUCUGCAUGUCCUACGGUCCACCAGUCUCCAGAACCCCGCCGUCAGAUCACCGCAGUUCUUAUACGGUCUUCUGGUGUAACGGUGGAUGUACCAGGCUGCCGAUACUCUCCUGGGGAUCCUACACAAUCUAGGAAACUAUGUAACUGUUACUAUAAUUCUUCUUGUUCGGUCCUGGCUUCACCGUCUCUCUUAUUCUGAAUGCGCAACAAAACCCCGCAGCGCCGGCAGUCAGACGACUUGGAGACGCUGGCAGUGCUGAAAUAGAUAUUGUCAGUUGUUAAUGUUAUAGUCCUGUAAAGGACUUUGUAUACUCUCCUGUGUCCCCAUUCAUAGCCUACUGGCCAUUUAGCCUUGGUUCUGCCACCCUCUAUAGUCCGGUCACUGUAGGUUGUCAUUCCAUCGACACCCCGGUGGCCACAGUGCUCUGCUCCCUUACACAGAUUCUCCCUGGUCCCCGCUCUCUCUCUCUCUCUGUGCAGCCGCUGUGUUCUCUGUACGCUGUCCCUGGAACGUGGGAGAUCGUUCCGUUGUGUAACGGACAAUGGAGGCGAGAGAUAAAGUACCAGCCAAUCAGCUCCUAUCUGCCAGGUUACAGGCUGUGCUUGAAAAAUGGCAGGGGUUGAUUGAUUGGCUAGUACGUUAUCUCUCUCCAAGCGUUGAUAAAUCUCCACCAAUGUGGGAGCUGCCGAUGAGCCGUGUGAAGGACAGUGGUUCGUGCAGGGGUAAUCUGGGGCACACAGGCCAGAAGCCCCCAUAUUGCUGAGGCCAGGUGGAAACGUUUCGCCACUGUUCCUGUAUUUGUUCCCUCUGGUGUAAUCACGCUGUAGGACCUGCUUAUUACUGUACACAAAGCUACACUGCAAAUGCCACAUUAAUAGCGAUCUCUCAUGUCCGCUCAUGCUCCGGAUUAUAGUAACGUGGCCGCUGUGCUGUAUAAUAGUAUGCCGGAAUACGUGCGUUGCCAAAUUGCGUAGGACGGGAACAUCCGCUGAGCUGUGUAUCUCCCAUAGCAAUACCUUGCACCCUGCACUGACGUGGACCGCAGUCCGGCCAGUCCGCAUGCUAGCGCUAUCAUUAGAACACGAAAGGGCAUUAUGUCAGCAUAAAGUGCAACGCACAUACAUGUAGUCUUGGGUACGUCCGCUCGUCACAUAGUAUCACCUACUCUUCCAUAAGCAUAUUGUGGAUUAUGUAUCAUAUUGUAUUUAUUUUAUUUUAUUUUUUAGAAUGUUUUAUGAUGUUUCUUUUAAAGCUCUGUAUAUAUUGUCAUUAAAAUUUGCAUUAUACUAUA